UAAGGCCAAGUUGGUUUUCUUAUAGUGCAGUUCUAUUUUCCUCUGAAGUCGCUGAAAUUGCUGCUGAGUUAAUAAUCUUGAAGUCAAAUUGUGAGAUUUCAAGUGGAGCAUAAAUUGUUGCUGAAAUGGAAAAAAGAAUCGAAUUGGAAAGACGCGGAUUAGAAAAAAGCGAGGUAAUAGAGCUUAUUCUUGACAAUUGCCGCUCAACAUCAAUAAUAGGACUUACAGAAGAAUAUUGCAAUUUAGAAGUACUUUCCCUUAUAAAUGUAGGAUUAACCUCUUUGAAAGGAUUGCCGUCUUUACCUUUACUAAGAAAGCUCGAAUUAAGUGACAAUAGGAUAACAUCUGGACUUGAGUUAUUGUUAAAAACUCCUCAACUUACUCAUUUAAGUCUUAGUGGAAAUAAAAUAAAAGAUAUUGCUAGUUUAUCUCCAUUGGCAAAGUUGUCAUAUUUAAAAAGUUUAGACUUAUUCAAUUGUGAUGUUACUACUGAAAAAGAUUACAGAAACAAAGUAUUUGAGCUCAUUCCUCAACUCAAGUUUUUAGAUGGAACAGAUCGAGAUCAAGAAGAAGUAGAACAAACUGAGUCCGAAGAGGAAGGUGAUGAUGAAGAGGUUGAUGAAGAUGACGAUGAAGAUUUGGAUGAACUUGAUGAAAUACAAGGUGAUUCAUCCAGCUCAUCUAACAAAUUCCGGUCAGCCGGUGUUGAGAAAGAAGAAGCAGAUGAUGAAGAUGAUGUUGAAGAAAAAGAUGAAUCUAACCUUGAUGGUGGUGCAUAUGAAGAAGAUGAAGAGGGAGAUAGUGACGAAGAGGAUGAGCAAAAUCCAAUACCAGGCGAUAAUGAUGAAGAAGAGGAAGACGAACUUGACGACGAGGAAGAAGAUAAUGAACCUGGACUUGAUUAUCUUAACAAAGAUGAAUUUAGUGAUGAAGAAGAGGAUGGAGAUUUUGCUCCUGGUGAAGGAGAAGAUGAUGAUGAAGAAGAAGAAGAGGAAAUAGACGAGGAAGCUUCUGAAGAACAAGUAGCCCGCGGAACUAAAAGAAAACAUGAAGGUGAUGACGAGGAGUAGAGUAAUAAAAUAUCAUUGAAAAAUGAUUACAGAGUGAGCUGUCAUUAAUGGUCUGCCAUUGCCUGCCAAACAAAUUUCCUAAAUUAAAUAACGGUGAAGUUCUAAAUAUAUAUAGUAGAGAGUUCACUUAUUCUUUAAUUUUAUGGAAGUUUGUUUCUUACUUUUUUUUUUUUUUCUAAACUGUUUCAUUUUGUUAUAUAAAUAACAGAGGGAGUUAGCUCUCAUAUAUGGAUAUAUAUAGGUAGCCCAAAAUGAUGUUGCGAUAAUUGAACAUUUGUAAAUAUUUUUAAGUGAAGUGGCCUCACUUUUCAAGUGAAGUGGUUCUAGUAAAUAUAUUUAAUUAUAUAUGA